GAGGAAGGUUCUUAUAUAACCUCGAUUCGAAAAUAAGGGUAGGGCGAUGAUAUAGUUUUUUCGAAUAUCGAAAAUAAUCACUCAGUAGAAAAUUUUUCGUAGUUUGUUUACAAAUUCCGUAUGAUACCAACAUGUCGUCUGGAAUUUUUGGGUGGGAUUUGCUCUAUAGUGCUUUGAAGAAUGAUAUACAAAAUAAUCAGGAUAUUUUGGUGUGUUUCACACACUUAGUUCUCGUAUCGAAUGGCUUUAAAUGUAUCGGCCUAGGUGAGUCGAAGAACAUAGAUGGUACGGAAUCGAAGAGUGAAACUUUGCCAAAAGGUUGGAAUGAUGAUUAUUCUAUUCGAUAUGUUUAUCAGGGUCGAUUGUAUAAUUUAAAGGCCACUAGCUUAGAUGAUGCUGUAAUGAUUAAUUUGGUCAGAGUAGAUGAACGUACUGUUGGACUGGUACACUUAAAUGUACGAGCUGUUGCGCAGAAAACUGGAACACUUGAUGAAAUGAUACCAGAUAAUAAGAGUAUUCUUGAGCAAAUAAAGACUCAACUGAUUGAUAAAGUGGUCUUAUCAGAGAAACAGAAAGAUACUUCUAGUCAAACAGAAACCCAGCAACCACAACAAGGAACUUCUCGAAAUCGAUCCACUGAGCCAGAGGGGCUUAGCCAGCCAAUUGCCCAGUAUAUUCAACCCCCUUUGGCAGAUCCAUUUGAUUAUGGUAGGUCUGAUCUAAAUCCUUUUGGAAUAAACCCUCUUGGGAUCGCCCCUCCUAGGCCACUGGGUGGCGGAGGAAUGUUAUUCCAACCACCACGGCCUUCAUUCCCCAUGGGCGGUAAUUUGGGUGUUCCACCAGGUUCUCUACCUCCUGGAGCACGUUUUGAUCCAUUUAGGCCACCCGAAAGUUUUCCUCAGCCACGAAGGCCUCCCAAUAGACCAGAUAAUGAUGAGUUUCCUCCACCUGGUUAUGAUGACAUGUUUAUGUAAUUUUUCUAAGUGCUCCAAUAAUUUUAAAUAGCCUGUAAUAAUUUGUUUAAUAAAAAGUA